CGCUCCGAGUAGGGCCGGGUCUGGAACGCGGGGUGGUCAGGGUGGCAGUGGCAUCUGCCCCACGGUCUGCAGCGGCUCUGGGAUCGGCCCACGGGACGAACGCGGGGCCCAGAAAGUCGGUGUGCGGGAGUGCGCGCGCGCGGGGGGGCGUGGCGGCAAACAGCAACAACCCACCCGCCGGCUGGGCCACAAACUCCGAUUCCCGGCCGGAAAGUGAGCUUCGGCCGAGCCUGGAGGGACCCAGCUGGAGCCUGGCCUGGGAGCCAGGAUGGCCACCCACCAAACUCUGCUGAUAUGCCUGGGAUUGCCUCUUUUAUUAUUUCCCAGGACCCAGGCUCAGAACCAUGUCCCACCAGGUUGCAGCCCAGAUCUCAACCCCAUCUACUACAACCUGUGUGACCGCUCCGGGGCUUGGGGCAUCGUCCUGGAGGCCGUGGCCGGGGCGGGUGUCAUCACCACGUUUGUGCUCACCAUCAUCCUGGUGGCCAGCCUCCCCUUUGUGCAGGACACCAAGAAGCGGAGCCUGCUGGGAACUCAGGUGUUCUUCCUGCUGGGCACCCUUGGCCUCUUCUGCCUGGUGUUCGCCUGCGUGGUGAAGCCAGACUUUUCCACCUGCGCCUCCCGCCGGUUCCUCUUCGGGGUUCUGUUCGCUAUCUGCUUCUCCUGUCUGUUGGCUCACGUGUUUGCGCUCAACUUCCUGGCCCGGAAGAACCAUGGGCCCCGGGGUUGGGUGCUUUUCACCGUGGCUCUGCUGCUGACGCUCGUGGAGGUCAUCAUCAACACCGAGUGGCUGAUCAUCACCUUGGUCCGAGGAGGAGGAGGAAGUGGAGGAGGGGAGGUGGGCCCUCUGAGCAAUGGCAGUGCGGGCUGGACGGUGACUUCUGCCUGCGCCAUUGCCAACAUGGACUUCGUCAUGGCGCUUAUCUAUGUGAUGCUGCUGCUGCUGGGGGGCUUCGUGGGGGCCUGGCCUGCCCUGUGUGGCCGCUUUAAACGCUGGCGGAAGCACGGGGUCUUCGUGCUGCUCACCACGACCAUGUCCAUCGCCAUCUGGGUGGUGUGGAUUGUCAUGUACACCUACGGCAACCAGCAGCACAACAGCCCCACCUGGGAUGACCCUACGCUAGCCAUUGCCCUGGCCGCCAAUGCCUGGGCUUUUGUCCUCUUCUACGUCAUCCCCGAGGUCUCCCAAGUGACCAAGCCCAGCCCUGAGCAGAGCUACCAGGGUGACAUGUACCCUACCCGGGGCGUGGGCUACGAGACCAUCCUAAAAGAGCAGACUGGCCAGAGCAUGUUUGUGGAGAACAAGGCAUUUUCCAUGGAUGAGCCAGGCUCAGCCAAAAGACCCGUAUCACCUUAUAGUGGCUACAAUGGGCAACUGUUGACCAGUGUGUACCAGCCCACCGAGAUGGCCCUGAUGCACAAAGGCCCGGCCGAAACGUCUUAUGACGUCAUCCUCCCACGAGCCACCGCCAACAGCCAGGUGAUGGGCAGUGCCAGCUCAACCCUGCGGGCUGAAGACAUGUACAUGACCCAGAGCCACCAGGCGGCCACACCUUCCAAAGAUGGCAAGAACUCCCAGGCUCAGUCCCCGCAAAAUAAAACGAGAUGGUAGACGCUCUCCCUGGACUGCACGGUAUCCUGAUGUCCUCUUUGCUCAUGCCCACGCUGAGCAGGGCCCAGCACCUUUCUUUCCCAACCUUGUUCUUGGAGCUGGGAGGGACUGGAGGCCAUCAAUCGGAAGCAGUGCACUGAGUGAGGGGACUGGGAAGGCCUGAGGCACGUGACUGGGGCUCCUAGGGCCACUCUACCCUGUCUCUGUCCAUGCCAGCCUCUUGUUCCCUGAGUGACAACCUGUAUGAGGAGCUGGCUGCAGCUGCUGCUCACCUUCUCCUGAUACUUCAUCGGGUCUCAUGCCUCCUGUAUGUGCAUGUGUGCCAGUCCUGGGGCUUGCACUCAGGGCCUCUAGCUUGGACUCUAGCUUGUUACUUAUUUUUUCCACUCAAGGCUGGUGUUCUACCACUUGAGUCACCUCA